CCCGCCCCACUCACCGUCGCCGGGCGUGCUUCCUGCUUCCGAGGCUAUAUAAAAGCCGCUUCCGGUGUCGUUGCCCGGCUCUUCUUUGGGACUCCUCCGAGGCCAUCCAGCUCCAGCAUGAGUUUCCCAGGGUUAAGCCUGAAGAAAGUCGAAGCUUUCAACCUCAGCCUGAAAGCUGAGCCCCGGUACCACUUGGCCCAAAAUGUGGCCACCUGUGCGGAUCCGCUGGAGCUGUGCCUGGAGCGGAGCGUGGUGCAAGACACCCUCCAGGUGUUCCAACAUGCCAUACCUGCCGAGGGCAAACCCGUCACCAACCAGAAGAACUCGGGCCGCUGCUGGAUUUUCUCCUGCCUGAACGUGAUGCGUCUUCCAUUCAUGAAGAAGCUCAACAUCGAGGAGUUUGAGUUCAGCCAGGCCCAUCUCUUCUUCUGGGAUAAGGUGGAACGCUGUUACUAUUUCCUGGAUGCCUUUGUGAAGACAGCAAAGAAUGAGCCUGUGGACAGCCGGCUGGUGCAGUUCUUGCUGGCCAAUCCCUGCAACGAUGGUGGACAAUGGGAUAUGCUGGUCAACCUAAUUGAGAAACACGGCGUCAUUCCCAAGAAACUUUUCCCUGAAUCAUUCACUACCGAGGCUUCCAGACGGAUGAAUGAGAUCCUGAGCUACAAGAUGCGGGAGUAUUGCCACCGGCUACGAAACAUGGUGGAGACCGGAUGUAAUGAGGAUGAGCUCUGUGCGGCCAAGGAUGCCAUGAUAGAAGAGGUAUUCAGAGUGGUCACCAUCUGUCUGGGGAGCCCCCCAAAGACGUUCACUUGGGAGUAUUAUGACAAAGAGAAGAAUUACCACAAAAUCGGCCCCAUCUCCCCACUGGACUUCUAUAAGGAGCAUGUCAAGCCCCUCUUUAACAUGGAGAGCAAGGUCUGCCUGGUAAAUGACCCUCGGCCCAAGAAUGAAUACAACCGGCUCUACACCGUGGAGUAUUUGGGGAACAUGGUUGGUGGGAGGAAGACUCUCUACAACAACCAGCCUAUCGAUCUCCUAAAGAAAGUGGCGGCAGCAUCCAUUCGUGACGGAGAGGCAGUAUGGUUCGGCUGUGACGUCGGGAAGCACUUCAACAGCAAACUGGGAAUCAAUGACAUGAAUAUAUUUAAUCAUGAGUUGCUCUUUGGUGUAUCAGUCAAGACCAUGAAAAAGGAUGAACGCCUCAUCUUUGGCGACUCCAUGAUGACUCACGCCAUGGUCCUGACCGCCUUCAGCGAGGAGGAAGACAAAGAGGGCUGCUUUGAAAAAUGGCGUGUGGAGAACUCCUGGGGCGAAGAACGUGGAAAUAAAGGUUACCUCAUCAUGACGGAUGAGUGGUUCUCGGAGUACGUCUACGAAGUGGUGGCGGACCGGAAACAUGUGCCGGAAGAGGUCCUGGAAGUCAUGCAUCAGGAGCCCAUCGUCCUGCCGGCCUGGGAUCCCAUGGGGGCACUGGCCAAGUGAACUUGGGAGGGGGAAGGAAGGGGGUCUGGUGGGAGGUCUCCUUCUGGUCAGCUUUGAAGCAACCGUAGUAUGUGUAUGUAUAUGUGAAGAGGGGAACCGGGAGCCAAAGUCCCUCUGCCAGGACAUCGGCAUAGAAGAGUGGGAUUUCAUACUUCUUUUGAAGGAACAGGGAUGAAGCAACACCGCAACCUCGCACUGAUUCACGUACGCUUUCCCUUUGUAGUACGGCCCACCUUCCUUUUUAGAAAAAAGAAAUCCUUCUUUUAAAUGCUUUCCCUAAUUAACUUGUUUCUAAAACUCCUUCUGAGCAAACCUUGCAUAGAAAAAGCGGAGCGUAAAGCUGAGAUGACUAGCCGGUUCUUAGGAUGACGAUUUUCUCUGCUGUCAAAUUUCUGAGAUGGAAUACGUGAUGCGAAGAAUAAGGAAUCAUUGUAGGGCUGAUGCAGCCCCUUUCUUACCCAUAAGCUUCAGUCUGUCGUGCUUUUUGUUUUUUCCAGCUGAGAAAUGAUUCAAAGUCAUAGCCAUAGGACCCCUUCCUUCUUCACCUCUCUCCCUGCACCCUUCAGUGAAGCUCAGCAGAACAACCUCUUAAAUGGAUUUGAGGCUCAAUUCAAGAAUGUCCAGUUCUUGCCUGAAAUGUUUUUUAAAAGCAAAAAAAUCCUGAUAACUGCAUUUUAUCGGAAUGCUGUUGACAACUUACAUGGUGCUAAUGAAGCGUUUGAAUUAAAUACAUCUGGCUUGAAUGAG